GCUCAGUUCAGUUGGCAUUAAGAUGUCGCAAUGGCUGGUCAUUGGCAUCUCGGGCGUUACCUGUGGCGGCAAGACAACGCUGGCGCAUGGUUUGCGCGACUAUUUCAAGGAGCUAAACAAUGCGCCGCUCUGGAAUACGCCCUUUACCAUAGGCACGGUGAAACUCAUUUCGCAGGAUGAUUAUUUCUUACCCAUAGACGACAGACGACACAAGCGGCAUGAGAAGUUGAAUGCCAUUAACUUUGAGCUUCUCAGCUCACUGGACAUGAAAAAGAUGCUUGCGGACAUAGCGCAUAUUAUAAAUGGACCCAUGGAUCAGGCCACCUAUGCAAAUUUUGAGCAUUACGCAUUGCAGUAUCAACAACAGCAACAGUUGCAGCAGCAGCAACAACAAUCAUAUAACACAAGCUUUUAUCAGCCACAUGCGCACAGUAAUGGAAAACACAUGGGAGGCGCGGCUUAUCAGUAUCAACACCAUCGCCAUCACCAGCAUCAUCAUCAACAACAUCAGCAUCAUCAUCAACACAGACAGCAGCAGCAGCAGCAACAACAACAUAUUAUGCAACUAAAUGUAAAUGCACAGCUGGCUGCGCAAAAGAUCAAUGUGCUUUUAGUUGAGGGUUUUAUGAUAUUUAAUCAACCCGAGCUGUUACAACUCUGUAACAUUAAAUAUCACUUUCAUUUGCCCUACGAGAAAUGCUUUGAGCGCCGUCGUAGACGCACCUAUGAUCCACCUGAUGUUACGGGAUACUUUGAGCUCUGUGUUUGGCCAUACUAUGAGCAGAAUUUUAGCGAGUAUCGUGAUUGCAAGGACAUUACCUUUCUCAAUGGCGAAAUAUCCAAGGAGAAGAUUUUCAAAUUUGUGCUGCAGCGCAUAGUGCACUACUUUGAGAAGCGUUGCGACAUGGAGAUGCCCUCGACAUCACCCGUUGCCUGCCCGCCGCAGCAGAAGCGUUUUGGCAUGCUCUAUAACAAUGUCUAUACCACAGCCUGUCCCAUGGAGCAGUAAAACAUAUAACCAUUAUAGCAGAGA